CGUCGCGCCCCACCAGCCCCGAGGGCCGGGCGCGGGGUAUCUUGCGGCCGUCGUCGCGGCCCGGCUCGCCGGAGCGGGCGGCGCCGCGGCCUGGCCCGCGCGCCGAGCCGGCGGGCGGCUCCUCCAGCCUCAGCGGCUCGGAAGAGGAGGGCGCGUUCGGCGGCAACCUGGCCGAUCAGCUGCUCAGCCUGGACCCGCGCCACAACCCGGCUGCCAGCGAGCCGGGCAAGAGUGUGGAGGAGAUCGCGGCGGACAUCACCCGCCGCUCGCGGGCUAGCGUCAGUCGCCGCCAGCGCCAGGGCCAGAUGGUGCUGCAGAAGCCGGAGGCGCCGGCCGGGCCGGCCGAGCCGACCGGAGUCCGACUCCACCCCGCCGGAGAUCCGGCGCACCGGCGGCAUCAAGGACAGACUGGCGGCUCUGCAGAAGUCUGGCGAGGAUGACUGGCGGCGCCGGAUCCGCAGCGAGGAGCCCAAGCUGGCGCUGGUCGAGGCGUUCAACUCCGGUCUACACACGGACGUCGUGCUGAGGAAGAAGGUGGUGGCGGUGACGACGCCGGCCUCUGACCGGCCCGUGAGUCACAUCGAGCGCAUGUCCGGAGCGCUUCAGCUCACCGCCACCGAGGGCUGGAAGGCCCGCGUGCCCGAGAACGACGCCAACAAGUUCACGGUGGCGGGCAAGAUGGGCCAGGCGGCCUCGCCCGGCGCCAGCCCGAUGCUGCCCCGGCGCCAGCUCAACGCGCCCAAGCAGGUCGUCUUCCGCAGCAAGACCGGUACCCGCCGAGAGGCGCAGAGCAUGUACGUCGAGUCAUCGACGACCAAGGUGCGGUCGAGCCUCAUCACUCAGCGCCAGAACUCGGAUCCCAGCGAGGACACGGCGCGGCCGGCCUCCGUCCUCGUCACGGUGCCGGAGCUGGCCGACGCCAGCUUCGACUCGUUCUUCGGCUCGGCGCCGGCGGCCGGGGACGAGCCGGCCGCCGACUGGUCGGCGCUCGACUGGGACCUGGACGCGGUGGCGCGCGGCGCCGAGCUGCCCGCCGGCGCGGCGCGCGUGCGCGUGCGCCGGCGCGCGCGCUCCUCGCGUAAUCCGGUGCGUGCGCUGAGCGCGCGCGCCGACCUGCUGACGCAGUACGAGGAGGUCCGGCUGGGCGUUGGAGAGCACAUGAUCAAGAUGGCGAAGAAGGAGGAGCUGUCUCGCAAGUCGACGUUCGCCCAGGAGUCGCUGGCCGGCCUGGCGACCAAGCUCGACUUCAGCGCCAUCAAGCUGGGUCGGCGCGCCGUGCCGGACAGCAUGCUGCCCUACCGACGCGAGCCCAUGCUGCUGCGCGUCAAGGGCCGCCGGCACGUGCAGACCCGGCUGGUGCGGCCAUGUGUCCAGGCGCUCAACACUGGGGACUGCUUCCUGUUGGUCACGCCCGACCAGGUGUUCCAGUGGUGCGGCUAUCUCAGCAACGUGAUCGAGCAGUCGAAGGCGGCGGACGUGGCGCUGCACGUGGCGCGUACGCACGACCUCGGCUGUAGCGCGAACAAGGCGGCCGCCAUCGAGUACCACGAGAACGGCGGCGGCGUCAAGGGCAGCCGUCGCGAAGAGACCAAGUUCUUCGAGCUGCUCGGCGGCAGGGCCGACGUACCCAAGGCCGGCUCCCCGGACGAGGACGAGCUGUACGAGGCGGCCGUGGCGGCCACCAACAAGGUGUAUCAGGUGACGGCGGACGAGGAGCUCGUGCCCGUACCGGACGCCUGGGGUCAGAUCCCCAAGUGUGACAUGCUGCAGGACGACAAGGUGUUUGUGUUCGACUUCGGCGCCGAGCUGUACUUGUGGACGGGCCGGCUGGCCGGCAAGCCCCUGCGCGACGCCGGCAAGCGGCUGACGCGCGAACUCUGGGACGCCGGCUACGACUACUCCGACUGCGAGCACCCGCCCAUAGAUGGCGCGCCGGCGCAGGGGCCGCGCCCCGACUGGGGCAUCCUGGGCCGCGUCGGUCAGAACAUGGAGACGAUCCUGUUCCGCGAGAAGUUCCUCGACUGGAACGACCCCUCGAGGAUGAUCAAGGUGAAGCCGGACAGUGACCCGGAGACGGAGCUGGCGCCGCCGCUGGAGCUGGCGCCGUGCGACGCCGCAGCCAUGGUGGCCACCCAUCACCCGGAGCCAGACCUCGUGCUCGAGAUGGAGCACCUCGGCCGCGGCACACAUUUCUCCGACGAGGAGGAGCGCCGCCAGCUGGAGAUCUCCACCGUCAGCGUCAAGACGUGGCACGUGAACGAGGCGGCGGCCACCCAGCUGGAGGCCGCCUCCGCCGGGCAGCUGCACCAGGGCGAUACAUACGUGGUGCAGUGGGUGUACCAGGUGACGCAGACGGGCCGCCGGCUGGGCGGCGGCGCCAGCAAGCACCUGAGCGUGGGCCGCCAGCGGUGCGCCUACUUCUUCUGGCAGGGCGCCAGCAGCACCGUCAACGAGAAGGGCGCGUCGGCGCUCAUGGUCAUCGAACUGGACCAGGAGCGGGGACCACAGGUGCGCGUGACCCAGGGCCGCGAGCCGGCCGCCUUCCUGCAGCUGUUCGCCGGCCGGCUGGCCGAGGGCGGCUCGCUGCCGGCUCCGCCGCGCGCCGCCACGCCCGCCACGCCGCGCCUCUUCCACUUCUCGUGCGGCUCGGGCCGCUUCCACUGGGCGGCGGUGCCGUGUCUGCACUGCUCGAGCGAGCGGCCCUGCGCACUGCCGUACACGCAGCGCGAGCUGUACGAGCGCCAGCAGCCGGCGCUGCUGCUGCUGGACGCCGGACACGUCGUGUACGUGUGGCAGGGCUGGCGGCCGCCGGCGGACCCGGACGCCGGCCAGGCGGCCGCGCUCGCCGGCGCCGCCACCUUCAGAUGGCACGAGGAGCGGCGGUGCGCGCUUCAGACGGCGGUGGAGUAUAGCCGGCUACGCGGCCGCCUGCCCUGCCGCCUGGUGGUGGCUGGACUGGAGCCGACGGCCUUCCAGCACAUGUUCCCGGUCUGGCAGCUGCACCCGGAGGCGGCGCGGCUCAACACGGAGUUGGACUACAGCGCGGGCUUCGAGCGGCCGGCGGCGGACGUGCUCAAGGAGCUGACCCGGUCCGUGUACCCGCUGGCGGUGCUGCGCGAGCGCCCGCUGCCGGACGGCGUCGACCCCGUCCGUCUCGAGGCGUACCUCAGCGACGCAGAGUUCGCGGAGGUGCUGAAGAUGCCGCGGGACAAGUUCAACGAACUACCGGCGUGGAGAAAGAAAGACCUGAAGAAGGAGGCCGACCUCUUCUAGACGUGGCUUGUUUGGCGCUGUGACCGUCUCGCGGGCGGGGCCGCGCCCUGCCCGGCCUAUUCCUGACCUCGUCCCGGCGGCGGCGGCGCGUGGCGCGCGCCUCCCGCCGCCGUGCCGCCGCCGCCUCCCCCACUCUGUCGUGCCUUGCCCCCAUAUCACGGCGCGGCGCUGGCCGGCCGCGAGCCGCUGCCGCCCCGUCCGCCUUGCGCCCUGCCGCCGCUGCUGCCGCCUGGCGGGCCGCGCCCGAAUCGGCCGCGCCGUUCUAGUCGAGUCUUGCGUGGGGAAGGCGGCGCGCCAGCGAGCCCCCAGGGCUGGAGCCCCCGACCGGGGCACCCGCACCGGGGGGGGCUCCACGCUUUACACAUUUUAUACUAAUCGCUGCUUCUGAUGGUGCUUUUCUACGUAAUAUGGCUAGCGAAGUGAUUUUAUGUGUACGUAGUAUUACUUGUACUUAUUGUAUUGUUUUACUGUAAUUUAUUGCUAGAGUUAAUACAAGCU